AUGACAAAGCAGCAAUUUCUUCAUUUCUUUGCUCUAAAACCACCGGGUGCCAGAUUUUCCGUUUUUUUUCUUUCACAGGGGAUAGAAUUUUACCAAGAAGAAGCACAUCUUCAAAAAAUCAUGGCACGCAGCACGAGGCGUAGCAGCGGCGGUGGCCUAGUCACCCGGCGUCCAAAUGGAACGACGCUUUUCGUGCUGCUUCAAACGCUUGCGCAAUAUGACCUUUUCUUCCUCUUGGAAGACUCUACGACUCCUUUCACCGCCGCGGCGAAAAAGUUCUACUGUGUGGGCUCCAGCUGCUAUGGGCCGGAAGCAUCUGGUCCGAUCGAUGAAGAGGGCUUUUCGAAUUUGUUCACCGCGGACCGGGCAAGGAAGCCGAAGCAUAAGAGGGCAAAGAACUACCGUGCAUCACCCGUUGAAUUGUCGGCUCGGCAGCGGAAAGCAGAAAGAGUUAGCAAUGCCGAUGUUGACCUCCCGGCUGGUUUGCUGAACACGACGAGGACUCCUACCGGAUCCUUCGAAGAUACUGAGGAGGCGUCUACUUUCGCCCAGACCGAGAUGGAGAUGAGCCUGGACCUCGGACUAGAAAAACUCGACUUCCAACUCGAUCUCCAGCAAGAGGGGUGGCUCAUGGACAAAAUUCACACUCUUGGCAGCGGGGCGAAAAAGCACUACGAAGACGCGAAGAGUUGGGUGAGCCAGCAGGCUGGGAAGGGGAAAAAGGCAACGGAGAAAUACUUGCAGAAGUACCUGCAGGGGGCGGUGAACAUCACAAACGCGAUGACAUCGAGUUGGAACGGGUUCAAAACCUUUCUGCAGAUCAUUGCCGACGCAGACUGCCGGACGAAGCUGAGCACGCAGUUCGCCAGCAUGUUCGUCCUGAGUUUUUCCAACACGAAAAGGUACCCGCACUUCAGCAAGGUGAGGGACGCGGGGAAAACGGCGCUGAAGAAGCUGAACAAAUUGUUGAGUAAGUCCGGGUGGGGGUUGCGGAAGAUCCAGGAAAUUUUCACAACCGUGCUUUUCGACCCGCUGAAGCUAAUCGCCGGUGUGAUGCAGGACAUCGGCCGGUUGGCAUUGGAUUUCGGCAGCACGGCGAUAAAGAACGUGCAAACGCUGAUUGAGGCGUACCGGAAGGACGGAAACAAGGCGUGUAUUCAGACGGACGAAGAAGAGACCGUCGGUGAGGAUGCCGAGGACGAGAAAAAUGCGGCUGACAAGUCAUCCAAAAGCGGGUUUUUGGAACAGGGGAAGAAGAAAAAUUUUGAACUUGAACAUGUGCAGAGAAGUUCUGCAGCGAACACUGGAGUAGGGGCAGGUCGCGUAGCGGUGCAUAGCAGGUCUUACACCCCGACCGGAGACCUUUUUGGUUUCACGCCGUACCCAAAUGUGACGCGGUUUUAUGGUGCCGGUAAAACGCCCAACCCAUUUCUCGAAGUUAUUGGAACAUCAAAUAGUGCUGCGGCGCAGGAAACCUCUACAAGCGCCGUCUCUACUUCCGCGUUCCUGAAUCUGCAGUCUGAUGACGAAGCGGAUGCUGAAGAGGCUCGUGCAGAAGCCAAAAAAGCAAGGGUGAAGGCGAAAAGAGCGGAAAAAACAGCUGAUGAUGCGGAUCGAACAGCAGAAAAAGCCGAACAGAAAGUGACGAGAAGAAGGCAAAAAGACCAGGCGCAUGAGGCACGUGAGAAACUGGAUCGGGAACGCAGCGAGGCGCUACUGGAUAAUCCAGACGAGGCAAGAAGACUCGCGGAGGCAAAAGACAACGAACUGACCCCAGAACAGCGGAAGCAAGCUCAAGAGCAAUUCCCAGAAAAGAAGGUCUACACGAUGACGGAUGCGGGUGACGACCCGGCGGACACGUUUCGGAAAUGCAAGAAGUGCAUGCUGGCGGUCAGCUUGGUCCUGGAUCUCCUUCCCCGGGAGCUCCACGCCACCGUCGGGGCGAUGGUGCCGAUGGCCAUGCACAUGCUGUACCGGGUUUCCGGCGCGACCGUCGGGGCGGCGCUGAACUCAUUUCUCAAAGUCGGCCACGGAAUGUCGCCACCGACACUGACCGCGGCCUGGGCCUUGCGGUUUUUGAAUACGUCCAAGAGCAGCACCAUGCAUAUGAUGUUCGGGGGCCUGCGGCGGGCGACGGGAAUCGAAUUGCUGGAGGAAAGGGAGCAGAAGGACAUAUCGGACGUGACAACGGCUUUGACCUCCGACAAGGGGUUUAAGAAAGUUCUCGUCCACGCCGGGGUUCAGAUGCUGGAGCAGUCGCCGGUGUGCGCAAACGCAGCUGGCGAGGUUGAUGCUGGGGAAAAGACUAAAUCCUCAAAGGCGGACAAAGGAUCGUCCUCUUUUGCCACGUUGGCCGAAGGACAACAGGAGCGUCGCGUUCAGGUGGAAAAGCACAAGCAGGCGGAUUCUCCGGACGGUGAUGCAGAGGACGCUGAAGACGAAAAUGCGAAAGGUACGCACGAUGAUGACGCUCUUGCCCUCGAGAAUGACGAGGACGACGACAGCGACGGCGAUGAUGAAGCUGCUGCAGAUGAUGAUGCGAAAGUCAAAGACGCCGAAGACCCAGAACAAGAAGAGCAGGAGCGUGACGACGGUGCGGAGGAAAAAACAUCUGAGAAACCAACGACCUCAAAUCAAGACCACGACGGAUCUCUUACCCAAUACGAGGAUGACAAGGGCAACGUGCAAUUACAAGGCUAUUCGAGCUGCAAAGCCGCGGAGCUGUUCGGGAAAACGAUCACCGAGCAGUACGUGAAGGGGAAAAAUAAGGACUUGAGUGCGAAUGAGAUUUUGUCUAACGUCAUGCCGGUUUUCAACACGCAGGUCUUGGACGUUGUGGAGGGCGGGAAGGAGAAAGAAAACCAAAAAGUCGACAAGGCGUUGGAGGAUUUGGAGAAGGAGGUUGAAAAGGCCGAGAAUUUUGUCGGCGGGAAGGGGAAGGCGAGAACGACGAAGAGUCGAGGUGAUGAAGAACAACAUCACCGGAAGAAGAAGGGAGGUGCUGUUGCGGGGAAAACGAAGCAAAGUAAGAAGAAGUCGGGAUCCGGAUCGUCGGAAAAAGCAGAAGCCGAGGAAGGAGCGGGUAGGAGAAGGAGAAGGAGGUCUUCGAAGAAGAAGGAGAAAAGCCUGAAAACCACGCCGGCCACUUCCAGUGACGACCAGGGAAAGGAGGUGCGGCGGAAGGAAAAAGAAAGGAAAAGAGAAGGUUCCGAGUCGUCCUUGCUUCAGAGGAAAGCGAGUGCGGACGAAGGGCGGAAUGACGAAGAGCGGAAUGACGAAGACCGGAGCGAAGCAGGCAACCCAGACGGGCGGGACGGCGGUGCGGGCGAAGAGGGAAAUGACGAAAACCCGAGCGAACAGAGGAACCCGGACGACAGGAGGCAAGAGCGCGGCGCGGACGACAGGGUGCAAGGGCGGCGCGGACGGCAGGAGAGAGGACACAGGAGGCAGGAUGAUGAACAGGGGGACCCGGACGAUCACGAGGGCAGCGAUGAAAGAGGAGACAAUGGCACGGGCGGAGAGCAUCAUCAGGAAGACCAUGAUGGGGAGGAAAGAAGUCCGCCAGCGACGGUCGAAUGCGCUCCAUGAAAAACACGCUCUCACUUUUCAGUACCGGUGAUUCUUGCGUAGAGGUUUUGUGUCAUGUUUAGUUUGUACGUAAGGCGAAACGAAUGCGGGCUCGCGGCUUGAGGGUAUCCACUUAGAAGUGGAAGGAAGCAGGCGCAUACAUAAUUGCCAUACUUAACAUAAGAUCAGAAGCGUGACGGGUCGUGUUUUUCCUCGCAUACUGCUUGUAGUCAAGCGGAAGAACAACUCGAAAAAGGUAGUAAGAAGAACUGUAAAAAGUUGGAAGGGAGCAUCGAAAGCGAGGAGCAGAUCAACAAAGAGAAACUUCAAGAUGCAGAAAAGAAGCUUAAAGAUCUGACAGAACAGAUUGAAAAGGGCUUAGAAAUCGCAAAUCGUGCGGCCGCCUCAGUCUCUGUCGCGGGCUUCCGUUCGUUGCCUUCGUAGGUGCGAUGAUGUUUCUUUCGUAUAGAGAGAAUCGGGCUACCAUCCAUAACGGCAGGUCCAACGUAUGAUUUAUAUAAAAGUUUUUGCAUGUGCAACAGGAACAGCCUGGUUGCAGUGCCUGAGUCAGAGGCGGUCCGAGUUUUCAAAUUUCAUAGGAAGAGGCAGGAAAAAACGGUGAAAAGAAACAGAGAAACCUAGUUAAGGCUCACAAGGCUGCCAAGAAAGCUCUUAAGAAAGAAGUGGCCGCCAGAAAGAAAUUGCAAAAGAGUAUCAAAUUGCAAAUAAGCUUCCCACUCAAAAAACCCCAGGGCAGCACGACGUACAGUCGUGUCGCCAUCCCUUUCUCAGUGUCACCCUUGUGUGACGAAUGGUUUGAGUCCUGAAUAAGGUCGAGCACUUUGCCGCCCCAGUAUUUGCAUUAUAGCAUUGCACUUUUAGCGAAUUGGAAUAAGUAAAUGUGAAACUGCAGCAAGUACCGGCGGAAGGACCAUUUGUGGCUGCACGCGCCUUUUCGCUUUGGUGCCAUCCUCUGCAAAAUGCGUUUUGGUGCUGCAGCCGUCUGUGUCUCUACUGAGGCGCAGCAAAAUAUAAUGUUCAUGUUUACUUUUGUACCGUGGGAAGCUUUUGCUAGGAUACGAAAAUAUCACCAACUUCAGGAGAAAUUGGAGCAAGCUCUCGGACAGCAGGCAGACGAGAAAAGCGACCUAAAAGAAAAGAUAGAGAAGCUGACGAAGAAAAACGAGCAGCUCCAGCAGACACAGAAGGCGUUGGGUGCGGUUGCAGACGGCAGAGCGGA